GGGCCUCUCCUUCGGGUUUCCUCUCCGGCUGCGGAGCCCCCCUCCUCUUUCUUGUUCCUCGUUUCUCCACCGUCGGACUGUGCACCUACAGAUCCGGGUUAGGCGCGCCAUCAACCCCUGUUUCCUCUAGGGUUUUUCUCUGUAUCUGCAGAUCUGAUUAGGCAAGGCAGAUUCUUCUCCAUCACCCUGUGUUUGCCACUGCAACAGCAACCCACCAUGGCAGAGGAUAUUGGGUCUAUGCUCAGCCAAAUUCGAAUUGCAGAGAAGGACGAUGGGAUUCUUCCCCUACAUACGAUGUGGAAGCAGAAUGAAGCUAAUGUGGGUAGGCUGCGGCUGGUCGGGAAACUGCUAUCCCGACGGCGGAUUAACCUUAAUGGCUUACAUAAUGCUUUAAUGGCCUCUUGGAACCCUAAGCACGCUUUCAAAAUUUUCAAGAUUGGUGAAAAAAUUUAUCUUUUUCAAUUUUCUGAUAUCGGAGAUCUCAACAAAGUCAUCCAUAGGGGCCCUUGGAACUUUAGUAACUCACUACUCAUCCUCAAAAGAUUUCAGGCCUCCCUAACUCCAGAGCAGUACAAUUUCUCUACAAACCCUUUUUGGGUCAGGAUCUUCGAUGUCCUGGUGGGGUUGCAUUCUGAGCAGACUGGUUUCAUGAUUGGAAGCUCUUUAGGAAGAGUCCUGGAGGUGGAUGAGGGAUUCAAGAAAGCCAUUAGAGUUCGAAUCGAAUAGGACAUCAAGAACCCACUGCGAAGGUUCAAGACUUCGCAACUUACUGUUACCGAAAGUAGGAACCUCAGGAUUAAAUAUGAAAGACUUCCAGAGUUUUGUUUUGUAUGUGGGUGCUUGGGUCAUGUUGAGAGUGAUUGUGAAAUUACUCACUGUAUUAAAGAUGUAGGUGGUAAGAUUAUCUAACAUUUUGGUAGUUGGUUAAAGGCUGAAUUUGAGAACUCAUGGUGUCUGGAUGACUUUGCUAUUUUGGAUGAUUCGCUCUCCAAAAAUACCCAGUUUUUGGGGGCUGCUAGGCGAGCAGAUGACCCACAGCAGUCUGCAUAUGUAGAAAUCCAAACCCCUCCAAAUUUGCCCCUUUGUGGAAGCCAAGUGGUGAGUGGUAACAAGGAUACCGGGCAGGUCGAGGGGGGAAACAUAGAGAAUGGUACAACUGACAUGG